UACCGGUUGUGGAAACAUCUGAACAAGAAGAACCACAAAGAUGGCGAAAUGUGGUGGUUGUACAAUGGGUCCGAAGUCAGCAAAUUGCUGCUUGGUAUUGAGUUUUUGGGGCAUUAUAAUGCUGGUGUUUUUGGGAAUUUUUUUUCAUUUAAAAAGCGUAGCACUUGUAGAAGAUGUAGAUAAACAAAAUGACUAUGGGAAGACGUCAAGGAAUUGUUUUUUUGCUGCUGGUUUAUACAUGGUGACUUUCGUGAUCUCUGCAUAUCAAAAGUGGCGAAUUCACAGGAUGCCAUCUGAGAAAAUAUUAAAAAUUGAAUCCCACUAACAACAGAAAUGAUGGAACUUUAAUGAAUGUGCAAACUGAUGAUUAUAAACAGAAAAUUCUGGUAUUUUUGAAAAUCACAGAAAGACUGUAUGUAUAACAUGACUUUUAAUGAACUGAAAUUUGGGUCCUCCUCUUCACGCACUUCUUAUGUUAAUUUUUUCACAGAGGAGGGCUAAUUCUUGCAAUAAAUCAGCAAUUUGAGCAAAAUUAACGUAAUUUAUAAGACAUUUUUGCAUUCAUUCUACAUGGAAAUGUAAAUUUAGCGCUAAAAAAAUUAAAUUUUCACAUAAAAUUUAAA